CCACAACCGCGCCCUCAAUUCGAAGGCAGGACCAGACAGGCCAAGCGGAGCUAAACUGUCGAAGUCAAGCUAUUCGAGUCUCUAAAUAUGGGGGACAUGGUUCCAGUCCCUUUCCCCUCCUGCGUCGGAAGCUGGGAGCCGCUGUCCCCGUCGUGUGCAGAUGUAUAGCUAGCUGGUCCAUUCUUGUUUCAAUCUACAUACUUGCUCCUUGUUGGACUGCUUUACUCGAGUAAACAUAGUAAGGAAUCGCAAACAUGCCUAUCCGGAGCGACUGGACCCUGGCGCGUGAGGGUGUAACCGGCGACACCGUCCUCCAGUUCCUGUCGCGAUUCGCACUCAACCCAGCUCUCACUCUGCCGCUUGUGCUUCUUGCGCGCUACACGCAGAAAGGCAACCUACUGGCAGCUGAACAUGCCUCCGCGUUCAAGGUCCUGAGGAAGCUCUUGUACUUUGGAAUCGCCACGAAGGUAUCGUCGUGGCUCGACGCUGCUGUUACGAACAACUUCAGCAAUGACGUGUAUGAUUGGGAGAAGGAGGUUGUCGUUGUGACAGGUGGUAGCGACGGCAUUGGCAAGAUCGUCGUGCAGUUGCUUGCGGAGAGGGGAAUCAAGGUUGCGGUUCUGGAUGUCCAGGACUUGACCUACGAUGUAGCACCGCCAACUGUGCGGUACUUCAAAGUCGAUCUCGCCUCAAAGGAAAGCAUCGACGCCGCCUGCGCAGAAGUCAAGGCCGCGUUCGGUAACCCCACAGUCCUGGUCAACAACGCCGGUUGCGCCCGCGGCAAAACUAUCCUCCAAUCGCAAGAGAGCGACAUAAAGCUAACCUUCAACGUAAACACCAUCUCCCACUACUACCUAGCCCAGCAAUUCCUGCCCUCGAUGAUCGAGCGCAACCACGGCAUGGUCGUCACGGUCGCCUCGAUCGCGGGAUACGUCUCCGCGCCCGCAAUGGUCGACUAUGCGUCCUCCAAAGCCGCCGCGCUAUCCUUCCACGAAGGCUUGUCUGCAGAGCUUUCUACGAUCUACAAGGCGCCCAAGGUCCGCACCGUGGCUAUCUGCCAGGGAUAUACUCGCACGAAGUUGUUCGAGGGGUUCAAUGACCGCGCGUUGUUUCCCGAGACGGUCGCGGAGGCUAUCGUCAAGGCGGUGUUGGGCGGGAAGAGCAGGCAUAUUGUUCUGCCUGAGUUGGCGAACUUGAUCGUUCCUGGAUUGCGGAACCAGCCUAGUUGGUUGCAGUAUACCAUAAGGAAGAGGUUGGUGAACAGGAUGACGAACUGGAAGGGACGACAGGUCGUUCAGCCUAGCUUGGAGAGUAAGGUGGAGGACCAGGGGCAGAAGGGAGCGGAGGAGAGCACUGUUUUGGUUGGUAAUGAAUGAGGGUCUGGGGACGUUGGAGGGCUUGUUCAAGUCGCGUUUUUGGCGUUGAAGUAUGUGUUGAAAUCUUUGAGCGGGCCUUGUUGAUGAUAGCAGGAUGAAGAAGUGUGAUUGGUAGCUUCAUGUAUCUACAUAUGAAUCGAACGCAGAAUAAUCA